AUAUUGGUCCAGAGAAGCAUCUCUCCAUACACAAUUUUAUCAAAGCAGAGUAUAUCGGUGGCGGCGAACGCGCAAGUGUAUUAAGAAAACGUUCUGCGCCUUAGUAUAACAGUUUUAUAUCACCGUCGCGAUUCAAUCAAUUUCAUUACAACAAAGUUGAUUUUUAUUACAUUUAAAAAAUAAAAAAAUAAAACAUAUCUAAAUUUCUUUUAAAAAGAAAAUUUUAAAUUACUUAUUAUAUUUUGAUUAUUUAGACAAAAAUAAUUUUUAAAUUAAUUAUGAAUUCAAUACAAUCAAUAAUUUCAUUGUUUAGUGUGAUUUUUGUGUUAAGCUGUUUCAUUGGAGAAGGAACUGCAAUCAAAUGUUAUGAAUGUAACAGUCAUACGAGUCCAGAAUGUGCAUUAGAUAUUCCACCAGAAUCAUUGGCGAAAAAUUGUACAGAUACAGAAAAUAAACCACGUACAAUGUGUCGCAAAAUUACACAGGUUAUUGAAUUCGAAGUUAAUGGAUUACAACCUGAUACUCGAGUAAUUCGUGGAUGUGGUUGGGAUGAAUCAAAUUAUGUAGGUAAAUGCUAUCAUCGUUCUGGAUUUGGUGGACGUCAAGAAGUAUGCUCAUGUAAAUCAGAUUUAUGUAACAAAUCAACACCGUCCGCCACAAUCAGUGGCCAUAUGUUAUUAUUCGUUUCAGCGAUUAUGGGUGUUUACUAUUUUAAUGUUUAAAUUUUGUUAAACAUAUAAAAAAAUAAUUUUUAAUUUAUGUUGAAACCAAAAAAAAAAAAACAGUUCAAAUUUGAGAUUUUAAACAAAACAAAAAAUUAUAUAAUAACGUUCAUUAUUUAUAUAACGUAGCCAUAUCUACAGGUGCAUACUACUUUCAAUAUUUUACUCCGAAUAGCUUCGAAUAUUGCCGAGUAUCAACCGAGAACAUUACGGCCUAUGCGAAUUUGUAAAAUCUGUGUUCGAUUUUUUUUGUAAAUAUUGUUCGGAAUAAAAUAUUCAAGUUAGUACUCACCUAAAGGAAAACUUUCAUAUCGUAUCUACAAAAAAGUUAGAUUAUAUCUAAAAAAAAAAUAUCAUCUCAUAUCUUUAAAGUUCGUUGGGCCAAAUACGCAUAAAAUCAAUAAAAACCAGAACUAGAAUUUUUCUAUUCAUGGCAAGAAAUAUACAAAUUAUAUUUAUAAAUAAACUAUUAUUAAGAUAUAUCAAAUAAAGCUCAAAUACAGACCAAACAAAUUCAAUCAGCUUUAGCUUUAUUCAAAAACAAUUUUCAGCCUCAAGUU